AUGUCGUUCUCCCAGUUGUUCAAGAUGGCAUGUAAACUGCUGUGUUUGGAGACGGCGCUCUCGAGCACCCCCGAGCUGACGCUGGAGCAGGAGGACCUGGCGGAAGGGAAGCACGUGAAAGCUGCCAAGAGGAGUCACAAGAGGAAGCAGAAGCCGGAGGAGGGGGCGGGGGCGCCGGUGCCCGAGGACGCCACCUUCAGCGAAUACUCGGAGAAAGAGACGGAAUUCGCGGGCAGCGUGGGCGACGAGACCAGCUCCGCGGUGCAGAGCAUCCAGCAGGUGGUGGUGACCCUGGGUGACCCUAAUGUGACUGCCCCGUCGAGCUCAGUCGGCCUGACCAACAUCACAGUGACUCCCAUCACCACUGCAGCCGGGACUCAGUUUACCAAUCUCCAGCCGGUGGCCGUGGGGCACCUUACCACCCCCGAACGCCAGUUACAGCUGGACAACUCCAUCCUGACCGUGACCUUUGACACCGUCAGCGGGUCCGCCAUGCUGCACAACCGCCAGAACGACGUGCAGGUCCACCCGCAGCCGGAAGCCUCCAACCCGCAGUCCGUGGCGCACUUCAUCAAUCUGACCACCCUGGUCAACUCCAUCACGCCCCUGGGGAGCCAGCUCAGCGACCAGCACCCGCUGGCGUGGCGGGCGGUGCCGCAGACGGACGUCCUGCCGCCCCCGCAGCCGCAGGCGCCCCCGCAGCAGGCGGCGCCGCCCCAGGUGCAGGCGGAGCAGCAGCAGCAGAUGUACAGCUACUGA